AUGGCUGCCUCCACCCACUUCCUUCUCAUUGCUUUUCUAGCAUUGGUCACUUCUCAGGCCAUUGCUUCUGACCCUAGCCCGCUCCAGGACUUCUGUGUUGCCGACCUACACUCUCCAGUGAAGUUGCCUGGACUCAACACCCUGGGCAUCUCGUUGGCUCGCAUUGACUACGCACCAUUAGGUCAGAAUCCGCCACACACCCACCCACGUGCCACAGAGAUUCUCACCGUGCUUGAGGGUACACUCUAUGUUGGAUUUGUCACCUCCAACACAGACAACGGUAACAAGCUAUUCGCCAAGGUUCUCAACAAGGGUGACGUGUUUGUAUUCCCCCAAGGGCUCAUCCACUUCCAAUUCAAUCCGGUCCAUGACAAGCCAGCGAUCGCGAUCGCGGCACUAAGUAGCCAGAACCUGGGGCUAUUACUAUUGCCAACGCAGUCUUUGGAUCAAAGCCACCGAUCUCAGAUGAUGUCUUGGCUAAGGCCUUCCAGGUGCAAAAGGGGACAAUUGAUUGGCUCCAGGCUCAGUUUUGGGAGAACAACCACAACUAAAUAA